AUGGAGCGACGUCAUCAAAUUGAAGCACGUCUAAAGGAAAUUGCAUUAACCCGUCAGCAGCUGCUGGGUGAUCAAGAAGACUUGACACUAUGUGACGCUCAGGACUCCCUCACCUCCGCUCUCUCAAGGUCAGAGAGGUUGCUUUCUUCGGAGAAGCCUCUAUUCAAGCGAUGA